AAGAAGACAAAAGUAUGUAAAGUUUGCUCGAAGCCAAUCAUAGGAACAUUAGUCCGUGCAAUGGGAAAUAUAUAUCAUGUUGAUUGUUUCACCUGUUUUGACUGUCAUAAGCCUUGUUCAGAUAAGUUUUUUGCAGCAGAUAUAGAAGUGGAUCAAAAUGGAAAGAGUAUAACAAAUCAAACUAUAAAUGUGCCGUUAUGUGAAUACGAUUAUUUCAAAAGGAUAGAUUUGAUAUGUCACACAUGUAACAACGCAAUCAGAGGCGCAUAUAUAACAGCACUGAGGCAUAAAUAUCAUUCUGAGCAUUUCUUCUGUGAAGUAUGCCAUAAAGUUUUUGAGUCCGAUAAUUACUAUGCAAAUGAGGGCAAGAUAUAUUGCCACUUCCACUACUCUAAAUUAUACGCAUUUCACUGUGAAAGUUGUAAAUGUGCCAUUCUCAAACAAUACGUUGAGAUUUUCAGGGGCGGUAAACAACAACAAUGGCAUCCAGAAUGUUUUAUGGUCCAUAAAUUUUGGAAUGUUGAUAUAACUGUUAACGCCCUAGGCUUAAACAUUCAUUCAAUAGACGAUGUUUCAUCAAACCCAGAGAAGCUGUACAAGGUUGAAACAAACCUGGAGAAGCUAACUAUAUCAAUCUGGCUAACACUUUCCGAAUUCGAAGAGUCAUGUGCGUCGUUGAUAUCCGAAAUGUUACACACCGCAACAACAAACAAUAAGUCAAAAGGCUUACUAGUUACAUCUAAGUUGGUUUUCAAAAUACGGUGUCUUUUCAAAAGUAUAGAGUCAUUAUUCAACUACUCAACUUCGAAACACAUACUCCUGAAUUAUUCUUUACCAAAAUAUCAGAAUUUCUCCCAAUUGAAAAAAGAACCACGCUCAUUAACAUCCAAAAUUAUGUCUUACUUAACAUUCCUACGAGAUAUCGACUCUGAGAAAUUAACCGUUAACAAGUACUCACAUGAAUUGCUAUCAUUGAUAUCCACAAUCGCUCAUUUUAUCAAGCUAAUUUCUAGAAAUGCUUUGAUGCAUGCGCUGGAAUUUAAUAGACUCUCUGUCUCUUUGAAACCAACAGACAUACUUCUAAGCAAAAUCUCGAAGCAUGAAGAUUACCCUCAAGAAUUACUAUCGUUGAAUUCUAUAUCAGUCAAAUCAAGUGACUCCUGUACCAGUUGUAAUAAAAGCAUUGAGGAUGAGUGUAUUAUGUAUAAAAUUGGAGACUCAAUCGAGAAAAGAUGGCAUACGGAUUGUUUCCGAUGUUCGAAAUGUCCAAAUAAUCAACAGAUUCCAGUAUCGGAGCUUUUGGAGUCUUCGUUUAAUGGUAAAACUAACGAAGUUCUAUGUCCGUCUUGUGCUUCUGGGGAUGUUAACGCUCAAGUUGGAUUCCAUUUGGUGUCAAGAUACAUGCAAUUGGCUUAUCUGCUAGAAAUUGCCAUUGUUCGCUCAAAAAUCGUAAUAGAAAAACACUUUGAAGAGACUCGUGUGAAUUUGCCACUGGUGGAUAACAAGCAAUCGAACUCGGUUCAUAGGCCGCCAGAUAAUGACUCUUAUGAGAACAAGGUAACAGAGAUAACGCGUAGGCGUUCUCAACGUGAAGCAAGAAAGUUGAAUAGUGCAAAUCGUGAAAUACGUAAAUCAGUAAUACUUGAAGCGCCAGUCGCUUCUAGUGCAAGUACAGAAGAAAAUUCUGUUCACAGCAAAUCUUCUAAAGACUCUACCAUUUCACCUAACUCAUUCCGCACAGGUUUCAAAGGUUCCCUCAAGUUGAGAGUUCAAGAUCUUUCAGCAGAUAAUAAAAAUGCAAGAAAAGGUUACAGUAAUCAUGACUCACAAGCACAGAAGGAUGACGAAAACGAAAAGAGCUUUGACUCAGUGAAAAGUUCAAAUUAUAAACAACGAGGUCCUUUCAAUGCAGCACUAACGUCAAAAUUGUUGCAAAACGAAAGUUCACUCACACUUGAUGAUAUCCCCAGAAUUGUCAGCUCGGAGCAAGCACGUGAGCAUAGGCCAAAUGCCUUUCGCUUCCAACGCAGAGAUUAUUCAUCUGCAAUCUCUAACCUUCCUAAACCAAAAGUUGUCAAAACCAAAGAUUCCAAUAAUGACAAGAUACCACUACCUACGCCAAGUCAACCAAAUGUGGUAACCUCUUACAACGCUAUCAAUGGCAAAAGAUACUCUGAAUUCAGCAACAGUGCUCACGAAUAUAUUAGACACAUAGCCGCAUUUGCACUUUAUGAUAUGUUUUCUAACAAAAUGACACUUGAAGAAUGCACCAAUCUAAUAGAUGUGAAAAAAUCGCUUUCUUUCUGGGAGAAAAUUUUUGGCAAUGGCCACAGUAACGAGUCCGAAUCUCGUGUCUCUGCUAGUGUUUUUGGUGUUCCACUCACUACCUUGGUUAACAAAUAUGGUAUGGAUAGUGAUCUCGGUGUCGGCUCACACAAAGUACGGAUUCCGCUUUUGAUUGAUGAGCUUAUUAAUGUGAUGAGAACCCAAGAUGUUAGUAUUGAGGGUGUUUUCAGAUUGAAUGGUAAUAUACGAAGACUUCGACAGUUGGUUGAGGCCAUCGAAUCCCGUCCUGAGCAUGUGCCCAAACUCGAAAAUGAAACUCCCAUCCAACUAGCAGCUGUCCUUAAAAAAUUUCUAAGAGACCUACCAGUUCCACUAUUAACUUUCAAGCUUUACGAUUUGUUUAUACUAUCACAAAAAUUGGGCAGUGGUCCUAGCAGGGAAAGAGUUUUGAAGUUGGCAUAUGCAAUGUUACCAAAAGCACAUCGAGAUCUAGCUGAAGUUUUGUUUGCAUUCUUAUCUUGGGUUUCAACCUUUGCCAAUAUUGAUGAUAACAGUGAUAAUAUGGGAGGCUCCAAAAUGGAUACACAUAACUUGGCCACUGUCAUUACUCCAAAUAUCUUAUACACGAAAAUUGAUACGGCUACUCAUACCAAAGGAAAGAGUAGUUCCGAUGGGGAAGGGAUUGAUCCAUCGAAACUGAUCAAUUCUGCUGGUGGAGAAAAUCAAUUUCUUGCAAUAGAAGUAGUAAACGAAAUGAUUGAGAUGAAUGACGAGCUAAGUGUCGUACCUGAAGACCUAUUACGUCUCUACAAACUUGCUGGUUUUGAUAAA